AUGCAGGGUUAUCCGCCACGAGCUUUCGACGACGGAGAUACAGACAGCAACUACCCCUCACCAGGCAAAGAGGAGAAGAAGGCUGAGCGGCGAGGUGUCAUCAACCGCGUCAACCGAGCAUGCAACAACUGCCGCCGGAUGAAGAUGCGCUGCGUUGGCGCAGAAGAUCCGCCAUGCAAGCGCUGUCGGAACGGUGGCCUCGAGUGUAUCAUGGAGAAGCCAGGCCGGGGCGGCAACGAGAACGUUGGCGAUGACCGCAUCCGGUCGCUCGAGACCCAGGUUGCCGGGAUCCAGAACACAUUGUCUGACCUCGUGCAGACGUUGCGGGCCGGGAUGUCGAGCGGCGCUUCCAACGGGUCUGGUCACACGCCAGACUACGGGCAAGGGUACGCUGCCAUGUCGGCAAUCCAGGGCACAUCACCACGGACGUUCCAUCCUGUUCCCGGGCUCACAUCGCAACCACGACACUCGUCACAGAUGGCGGGUGUCACACCUCCGAACAACCUCCAAUCGCUGUUAGGAAGGGCGAGCCAGGGCACGAUAAAUCCGUACGCCUCCGCAUCAACGUCCUACUCCCAGCCCAUUCACAGGGCGGAGCGCAAGCCGUGGCAGGCAUUCUCAAUGCCGGGCACCGAUGUCGAGGCGUCACGGCGACACAUGUCACUACCUCCAUCACGCGCAGGGUCAGAAGACCGGGAAGACAUGCUUGGGCCGGACGACAUCGUGGCGCCCCUCGGCGCGAUGAGCAGCAUGGCUGGGUUGGUAGAGGCAGCCGUGGAACGUGCACGUGAGGAGAAGGCACAUGGAGAGGUGACUGCGCCGACACCUGGAAAACGUGACGCAGAGGAGGAGAGAGGCGGGAUACAAAAGAAGUCGCGCAUGAGCUUCUCAUCGGACGCGCCGGCCGUCGUCGAGGCACAAGGACUACCGCAAACGCUUGCCCCUGCCAAACCCAAGUCACGCGUUAAGAAGACACAUGUGCACGCGUAUCCCGAUGCGGUGGAGCUCGGUAUUGUCACGGAAGAGGAGGGGCGCGAACUCAUGGGCAUCUACUACUCCGGCAGCUCGAACUUUAUCCCGUGUUACGACCCGUCGUUCGACACGUGGGACAGUCUCAAGGUCCGGUCACCGUUCAGCAUAACCACGAUCGUCAUGAUUGGGGCACGCGUGCGCGAUGGCGGCGGGCCGGUCAGCCACGUGCAACGGCUGUGCCUCGAGCAUGUACAGAAGAUUGCCCAAGGGACCAUGUUCAACCCCGUUGCCCGCGUCGAGGCCGUGCAGGCAAUGAGCAUCCUUGCCGCAUUCAGCGACAACGGGUGGUUGGCCGGCGGUCAUGCCGUACGGAUGGCGCUCGACAUCGGCAUCAACAAGAGUUUCAUCAAGCUCCUGCGCUCGGGGAUGGGUAAUGGCAAGACGCCCGAGGAACUCGAGGAGGAACGCCCGCUCGUCGUUCACUCACGUGUUUGGUUCUGCCUAUACCUCAUGGAGCACCAAAUGGCGUACGGAACAGGGCGACCAGCCAUCCUGCGCGAAGACGAGAGCAUCCACCAGUGCCGCCGCCUGCUUGAGCACCCCUUGAGCAUCACGAGCGACGCGCGCCUCGUGUCGACAGUCGAGCUCACUGCCCUGCGUGCGCCGCUGCAUAUCGAGUUGACUGCAAGUCCCGAUCUCCCUAUCGAGCCGAGCACGCUCACGCGUCUCAAACAGGCGAACCACGAGUUCGACUCUUGGGAGAGGUACUGGGACCGCGUCUUGUCUGACAGAUUCGGCAAGGCGCGAGGCGACUUUUACCGCGAGAGCCUCGUUAUCCAGAGGCAGUACGCCGAGCUGUUUGUCAACUCGCAGUUGCUGCGCGGCAUCCGCGAGCCGAGUGAUGUCGUGAGCAUGCCCGACGAGAAACGCGCGUUGGCAAUACGCGCUAUGCGGAACGCGCAGACUGUACUCGAGGUGUGUCUGAAGGGCCAGAACUAUCGCAAUGGGCUCCGCUACGCGGUUCAUUACACGCAUGUGUGCGCUGCGUUUGCCGCGAGUUUCCUCAUCCGCAUCGCGAGGUUGUUCCCCCAAGAACUCAACUUGAAGAAGACAGCCAAGGACGUGGAGGAGUUGGCGAGUAUCUUGGCGGAGAUCCCCGCUGGUCGCUACGCCCGCUCUCUUCGGCUCAUUCUUCGCCGCGCACGGCGCGCCAAAGUCAUUCCCGCGGCGUCGGAACGCACGUCACCUCACCGCGCGCACGCAUUGCUCCCGUUGACCAACGCCACAGGCGCCGCAGCAGCAGGAGCGACACCCGCCGAGCAGUCUUCCUUCUCCCCAACAGCUCUUGUCAACACCCCCUUCCUAGCCGUCUCGCCAAACAAUCUGCUCCUGAACGCGACGAACCAGCUCCUUGACGAGUCCCCACAGUCCGCCCAAGAGCUCAGCGAGUUCGACCUCCUCUUUGCGCGUGAGAACCUCGAGCGCUCGGGCCUCCAGAUCGGCGAGGGCGAGCACCUCCCGCUCUUCCUUGACGGACACAGCCUCGGCGACAUCCAGACCACUGGCGACCCAAGCGCAUUUCUGGGUCUCGAGCAGUUCUUCCUCCCUGCUGACGUGGAUAACCGGCUCGCGGGUGGAAACAUUCCACAAGAAACAGCCGAUCUGUGGUGGUAG